GAAAAAUAAAUAAAUUUUGUUCCAUUUGAGCUAGGAAAAGGCCAGAAAUUGUUUUACUUUUUUCCAAUUCCACGAACAAUGUUUUAGGACUGGACUAGAAAGUCAGCUACCUUCUAAGUUCUCCCUCGAGUCUUCAUUUCUUCAACACUCCUUUCUUACCAAAUCUGAAACCAAAUCUGAAGCAAUCGCUACAGAGAUGAAGCACAUCAAAUCGGCCGCCCGUAAGAUCUCCCGGAUUGUCAACGAGAGAAAACGUCUCAUGAGAGCCAUGGGGUCAGUUUCUUACGGGGAACUGUGCAACUGGCCGGUGCCGAGAGAAAGAGUGGACGCGGUGGUAGUAGGAGCAGGGGUGGUGGGCAUAGCGGUGGCGCGUGAGCUUUCUGUGAAGCACGGGAGGGAAGUUUUGGUCAUCGACUCUGCACCCACCUUCGGCACCGGAACGAGCUCUCGCAACAGUGAGGUCAUCCAUGCCGGGAUCUACUAUCCUCCCCAUUCUCUCAAGGCAAGAUUUUGCAUGAGAGGAAAAGAGCUACUGUACGAGUACUGCAAAGCUCAUGAAGUUCCUCAUAAAGAGAUUGGCAAGAUGAUUGUUGCUACUAGCUCUUCAGAGAUCCCAAAGCUGAGUGCUUUGAUGUCCAGAGGAAUUGAAAAUGGGGUUAAAGGUCUCAAGCUCAUUGAGGCUUACGAAGCCAGAAGGGUAGAACCGGAAUUGCAUUGUGUUAAAGCCUUAUGGUCACCUUCUUCUGGAAUAGUUGACACUCAUUCCCUAAUGCUCUCACUAGUGGGGGAAGCUGAAAGUCAUGGCACAACUUUCACCUUCAACACUGCGGUGAUCGGUGGCCACAUUGAUGGAAAUCAAAUUCACAUACAUGUCUCUGAGAGCAAAACUCUUUCAGACUGGAAUGGGAAAUCUCAGCUCUGCCCAGAACUUAUUCUUAUUCCCAGAUUGGUAGUGAACUCUUCAGGCUUAAGUGCAACAGCCGUGGCAAAACGGUUUGGUGGACUGGAUGGUCGAUUCGUUCCCAAUGCUCAUUUUGCCCGCGGUUGCUAUUUUACUCUCUCAACCUCCAAGAAUCCGUUCGCGCAUUUGAUUUAUCCCAUACCCGAAGUCGGUGGUCUUGGGGUUCAUGUCACCCUAGAUUUAAAUGGGCAAGUCAAGUUUGGCCCUGAUGUCGAAUGGAUAGAUGGCAUUGACGAUGUUUCAAACUUUCUAAAUAUGUUUGAUUAUUCGGUACGCGAAGACCGUGACCAGAAAUUCUAUCCAGCAAUAAGAAAAUACUACCCUGGCCUAAAGGAUGGGACCCUCAAGCCUGGUUAUGCUGGUAUUCGACCCAAACUUUCUGGACCGGAAGAAGGCUUCACCGAUUUUAUAGUGCAGGUAUGAACUACCGAGCGCCCGUUUGGGGAGCGAAGCAGAGUUGAUAUGAUAUGAUUUCUGAAAUCUGUAAAAAUAAUGCUCCAUAUGAGUUUUGAAAUCUAAACCACAAGUGUUUGUAGAGAUUUGAAAUGAUGGUAAGCGGUGGCACUGGUGGCCGACGAUUGCAGCGAGUAGCCGGCGGUGGAGUGGCAGAUGACGGUGGGUGGCCAGCGGUUGAGAGAGAUGUCAAAACCCACGGAUUGAUGUUUCAUAAAUUCGGGAGAUACCAAAACUCCCCAUUUGGGAGGGUUGUGAUAUCGAGAUAUAUCAAAUUUCAACCUCAUAUAGGCUUCACUAAACACCCACAAAAGAUUGUUGGAAUCGAGAGAUAUUAGAACUCAUGCACUCACCAAAUGGGCCUUCUUGAAUAUUUUUCUAUACUUCUUCCAGCAUUAACAUUCAAAAGGGUCCAAGGCCUUUUAACUUGUGUGUGUUUUUUUUAAUUAAUUUGUAGGGAGAGGACUUUCAUGGCAUACCUGGCCUUGUGAACCUGUUUGGUAUCGAAUCGCCAGGCCUGACUACAAGUUUGGCCAUUGCAGAGCAUGUUGCUGCUGAAGUAUCAAGCAGAUGAUUUUGUGUUCAUACUUGGGCACAUAGAUUUACUAUAUCAAGGGCAAUUUGGUAAAUUUCUACCUUUUUCAACUCUAAUUAAAAUUGAUGAGAAAUC